GGGGGAAGGGAAACGACACCCUUUGCCCGACCAGUCGCCGGUGCAACGGCGUAACCAACAGGGAUUAAACCAUACGCGCUCCCACAAAAUAAUCAAACGAGAGAGAAAAAUUGUCGUUGUAAAGACCAAAGAGACACACAAGUUCAGUUACUCUGUCGGGAGAAUUGUGAAUUCAAUCGUUGAAAAGGAUCCCGGACCACUAGACUUGCGGUGCCACGUUUACUUCUCUUUUGGAUCCUUCCGUUUUUGGGGAUUUUGACAACCAACAAGAGUGCGAAUAAUAUUAAUCCGAUCGGAUUGUUUUUCCCAACCCGCUUCUUAAACAGGACUAGCUGAUUCAGCCGGCAACGCCGCCCUCGCUAUAUACAUUAACAAAAAAAUGUCUGUAGGCCAAGACAACCGGUGGCAAAAGGAUGCGGCUGACCAGAAUUUCGAUUACAUGUUUAAACUGUUGAUCAUCGGGAACAGCAGUGUCGGCAAAACGUCGUUUCUCUUCCGUUAUGCCGAUGAUUCCUUCACGUCGGCUUUCGUCUCAACCGUCGGCAUCGACUUCAAAGUCAAGACCGUCUUCCGUCAAGAUAAGCGGGUCAAACUUCAAAUCUGGGACACGGCAGGGCAGGAGCGAUAUCGCACCAUCACAACGGCCUACUACCGCGGAGCUAUGGGCUUCUUAUUGAUGUACGACAUUACCAAUGAAGAAUCUUUCAAUAGUGUUCAAGACUGGUGUACCCAAAUCAAGACUUAUUCUUGGGAUAACGCUCAAGUCAUCCUAGUCGGUAACAAAUGCGAUAUGGAAGAUGAGCGUGUCAUCUCCUACGAGCGAGGUAAACAGUUGGCCGACCAACUUGGCUUGGAAUUCUUCGAAACGUCAGCCAAAGAGAAUAUUAACGUCAAGGCGGUUUUCGAACGUUUGGUGGACAUAAUUUGCGACAAAAUGUCCGAGAGUCUAGACAGCGAUCCCAACAUGGUCAACUCAUCGAAAGGAACGCGAUUGACGGACCAAACUCCCGCUCCCAACGCCGGCGCCUGCCAAUGUUGAACACCAACAAACACACACUUUCCCGAUCCUGCUCGACAGCCGAAAAAAAUACCCCAAAAAAUUAUCAGAAGACAUCAGCAGAAAAAAAGCGUUUACAAGUGCGGGACUAGCGCAAUUUUUCAAAAUGAUAAGAAAAGAAAUAAUUUUACCAUCUUUUUUUCUCCCCCAAAUAUCCCAUUUGUUUUUCAGUGUUGAAUUAUCUCCAUAAUAACAGUUUCCAUUAAAAAAAAAAAAAAGUUCUCUCGCGGAGCUUAUUCCUUCUCCUACACGAUGUUUCUAUUCGAGCGCUUUUACCCCAGACAGCUGGCGCGCAUGUACUGCUGAUGGUUUCGAUUUAUUUUGAUUUGGCGUCACAGACACACAAGUUAGACUGGUUCAAUUCUUGAAAGGUCGUUAAUAUUGUACUAAUUUUUAGAUGGCUCUUUUAGCAUUAUCACCUUUCGACAUAUUUACAUCUUUAUUUUUUAGUUUUGGUUUUUUCUCUAUCGGAAAAAAGGAAAAUUCUUUCUUCUUAUUGGUCAUGUUUGUUGAAUAUCUGUCGGUCUACUUUCAUCUGGAUUGGAAUCAUUCAAAGUCAAUUCACUUUUUGAUUCGGAUCUUUGAUUUCACAUAUAUUUUUUUUUAAUUUCACGUUUUCAUUUCGAACGUUUAUAGUCAACAUUCACUUUGUUUCGACCAGUUUGGUUGGUGUUUCACACAACAUGUACAUCACGUUCUUUCUUAUUCGUUUCGGAGAGAUAGGGCGAGCGAAGUCGAUGUAUAACGAAAGUUUAUCUGUCGCCUCUUAUUCCAACAUCAUCGGCGACAAGUCGGCAAUCGCGAGAAAAAAGAAAUUCUGAUUUGUCGCAGAAUUCUUUUUAAAGGCAAUCUGUUACAAAAAAAAAAAUAGGUUAUAGAACAUAUCGGUGUGAGUCUAUCAGCAAACUACAACAAAAAGACAAAAAAAAAAACAUUCCCCUAAAAAAAAAAUUUGCUGCGUGAAUUAGAUCGUGCCAACGGCAAAUAUUGUUGUUGGUUUCCAUUUCGCCCAGAUCUGUGUACAAUUCUGUUCCCAAAAAAUACACUGUAGAAUGUGUCAACAAAAA